GUAACGGCUGUUGUGGCUCCUCACUGUACGUAUUUGUCGUUAGAGAGCUAACAGCUACCUCUUGGCAGCAGGUGAGGUCAAAUGCAGAGGAAAGGAGCGGAAGAGCUUUACUGACAGGUGGAGGAGAAUACUUUAGCUUUAAGCUAAAAGAAAAAGGAACAAAUGGAGGAGACGUUGACGGAGAGCCUCGUAAUAUGGCUGCAGACCUUCAACACUCCUGCACCCUGCAGAACGGUGGAGGAUCUGACCACUGGAGCGGCAAUAUCACAGGCACUGCAUCAAAUAGACCCAGCGUGGUUCACUGACGGAUGGCUCGGUCGUAUCAAAACAGAUGUUGAGGGUAACUGGAGACUGAAGAUGAACAACCUGAAGAAGAUCGUUCAGAUGGUGGUUGAUUAUUAUAAUGAGGUCUUAGGCCAGGAGAUCUCAGACUUCCCUUUGCCAGAUCUGGCCCUGGUGGCAGAGCAUUCACACCCCGUGGAGCUGGGGAGGCUGCUGCAGCUCGUAUUGGGCUGUGCUGUCAGAUGUGAGCGUAAACAAGAAUACAUUCAGAUCAUCAUGACUUUGGAGGAGUCUGUGCAGCAUGUUGUCAUGACAGCCAUCCAGGAGCUCAUGCAUAAAGAGACCAUGUCCCCGUUUGGAGCAGAACUGUCGGGGGACUUGGAGCAGCAGCUGAAAAAAGCCCUGGAGGAACUCACUGGACUUCUAGCAGAGAAGGAAGCGUUAGCCCAACGCUGUCAGGAGCUUGACAUACAGGUGGCUGUUCUGCAAGAGGAACGGAACAGCUUAUUGGCUGAGAACGAUGUCCUAACAGACCGAGCCAAUCAGCUGGACACGUUCGACGACCCAAACACCCCCUCAGGAAAGAAACACAGCCAGCUGCAGCAACAGUUUGAGACGCUGCAGGAGGAGAACUUCAGGCUGGAGGCCGCUAAGGAUGACUACCGGAUCCACUGUGAAGAAUUGGAGAAGCAGCUGAUCGAGGUUCAGCACCGUAAUGACGAGCUCACCAGCCUGGCAGAAGAAUCUCGAGCACUCAAAGAUGAACUGGACGUUCUGAGAAACUGCUCAGAUCGGGUGGUGAUGCUGGAGGCCUCAGUGGAUACGUACAAACGUAAACUGGAGAAUCUGGGUGAUCUGAAGAGGCAGAUGAAGCUGCUGGAGGAGAAUAACAUGACCUACAUGCACAACACCGUCAGCUUGGAGGAAGAACUGCGCAAGGCCAACGCUGCCCGCGCACAGCUAGAGACCUACAAGAGACAGGUCCAGGAGCUACACAGGAAGUUGUCUGAGGAGUCGCGGCGAGCAGACAACCUGGCCUAUGAGAUGAAGAAGUUAGAGGAAAAGCACGAAACUGUGAUGAAGGAGAAAGAGAGGAUCAUCAUUGAGAGAGAUUCUCUGAAGGAGAUCAAUGAGGAGCUGCGAUGCACUCAGGCUCAACAGCACCAGCUCUCCCAAGCAGGGAUUCUUACUUCUAGCAGUCCCAGCCAUGAUAACCUGGCAGCUGAACUGAUACCCAUUGAGUCCAGAGAAAAGUUCAUCCGACUGCAGCAUGAGAACAAGAUGCUGAGAGUGCAGCAGGAGGAUUGUGAGAGGGAGAAGAUCGCUACACUGCACGCCCAGCUGGAGGAAGCAAACAGGACACGCAGUGAACUGGACACAGAGAACAGAUUGAGUCGAGAGCGGAUUAGUGAGCUGCAGCAGCAGGUGGAGGACCUCCAGAGGGCUCUGCAGAGUCAGGCAGCCAAACCUGAUGAUUCAAACCUGAAGCGGAAACUCGAUGCGCACAUGGUCCAGCUGAACGAGGCUCAGGACGAAAUCAUGAAGAAGAAAGAGCUGCUGGAGGACCUUCAGCCUGACAACACUCAAACCUCGUUGAAGCUGGAUGAGCUGAUGGCUGCUCUGAAGAAGAAGGAUGACGACAUGAGGGCCAUGGAAGAGAGGUACAAAAUGUACCUGGAAAAAGCUCGCAAUGUUAUCCGAGCGCUGGAUCCUAAACUAAAUCCAGCCACCGCUGAGAUCCAGGCUCUGAGGAACCAGUUAGCAGAUCGGGACAAGCAGAUUCUCAACCUGGAACGUCAAUGUGAGCAGGCCAAACUGAGAGAGUACGAGGAGAAGCUGAUCGUCACCGCGUGGUAUAACAAGAGUCUGAACUUUCAGAAGCUGGCAAUCGAAUCACGUCUCGGUGGCUGCACCUCCUCCGUGCUAUCCCCCGGCCAGUCCUUCUUGUCCCAGCAGCGGCAAGUCUCAAACGCCCCACGCCGGGCGCUUUCCAUCAGCGUGCCUGCCACUACCUCCAAGUAGACCUCGUCAUAGAGCCAAAUGUCUCACCUUUUACUCAGAAUACUCUCCCUCAGUCCCUCCCACCAGAGAGCACUCAAGUGACCUUAAACACAUCAGCGCUUGGGGAGGGGGGUCAAGGGUCAGCUGAUUGGGAUCAGUGAACACUUGCUUAUCAAACAUAACCUUCUAGGUCACCCACCUGAGACUAUAGCUUACUGUCCCACAAUACACUACAGGCGGACCUUUCAUGGAACAGGAUCCAGUGUUCACCUCACUAGCUAAAGUCUGGUGUCCCAACCUGUAGAGCAUAUUUCCCAUCUGCCCUGUGUGUUUGCUUCUCCAACUGCACACUCAGCUGAAUACUUGCUAUAAUCCAUUUAGCCUUCACUCUCUUACAUCCUGUCAUGCUGUGUACUUUAACAGGAAUGAGAGAAAUCAAAAAAAAAAUGAAUGCUUAA